CUAACUAAGUUUUCUCAAUUUAUUUUCUUGAACUGAGAGUAACAUUAUAAGUACAUUUGUGUUUCAAAUGCAUGGAUCGAUAGAGAAUGAAAAUUUGAUAUACUUUAAUAAUUAGUUUCGCUGUGGAGGGAUACAUUUUGUACUAUUGCUUGCAGGAAGACAUUGACUUGAUGCACUCUCUAGGGUUGGAUGCAUAUAGAUUUUCCAUCUCAUGGGCCAGAAUCUUACCCAAGGGGAGAUUUGGUGGCAUAAACCAAGCUGGUAUUGACUUUUACAACAAACUCAUAAAUUAUCUCCUCUCAAAAGGGAUAAAACCUUUUGUAACUAUACAUCACCAUGACUAUCCCCAGGAACUCGAGGAUAGAUACGGAGGUUGGAUGAGUUCCGAGAUGCAGGAAGACUUUGUGUACUUUGCUCAAAUAUGCUUUGCGAGUUUCGGAGAUAGAGUGAAGUAUUGGGUAACUAUCAAUGAGCCAAACUUGUUUGCAGUGAGGGCAUACGAGUGGGGACAAUACCCACCUGCUCAUUGUUCACCCCCCUACGGAAACUGCUCUUUGGGCAAUUCAGAUGUUGAGCCUCUUAUUGCCAUGCACAACAUGUUGUUGGCGCACGGCAAGGCCGUGAAGGUGUACCGUGAGCAGUUUCAGACUAAACAAGGUGGAUUAAUUGGAAUGAGUGAAGUCAUGUUCAUGUACGAACCUUUUUCUAAUGAUGAUGCACGUGAUCAAGAAGCUGCAAGAAGGGCACUAGGGUUUAAUGCGGCUUGGACGUUUGAUCCAGCAGUAUUUGGUGAUUAUCCCCCGGAAAUGCGUUUCUAUCAUGGGAGUGAGUUACCAAAAUUCACCUCAGACGAAAAAGCCCUUUUAAAAGACAGCGUCGACUUCAUUGGCAUAAACCAUUAUGGCACCUUGUAUGCAAAAGAUUGCCUUUAUUCAAGGUGCAAUUGCACUGGGUCUACCUGCUCAAAAGGCGGAAACCGAACGAUAGAAGGUUUCUUGUAUACUACUGGAGAGAAAGAUGGCGUCUUUAUUGGGGACCAGAUGGCCGUCGGUCGAUUUUUUGUUGUUCCUAGAGGAAUGGAAAAGAUCGUUAAUUACGUUAAGAAGAGGUAUCACAAUAAGCCAAUGUUCAUACUUGAAAAUGGAUACGCGCCACCAAACAAGACAGCAUCAGCUCUCAGUAUCGUGCACGACUCUAAGAGAAUAGAGUAUCAUAAAGCUUACCUUUCCUUUUUGGCCCGAGCAAUAAGGAAUGGGGCAGACGUAAGAGGAUAUUUCAUCUGGAGCUUGAUGGAUGCCUUUGAAUGGCAAGAUUAUGCAACCAGGUUCGGGCUGUACUAUGUUGAACCGGGCACAUUGCGCAGGGUCCCAAAGCUCUCUGUCUCAUGGUACACAGAUUUCCUGACCAAGGCUGUUGCUCCUCGCGACACGACAGAGCAAAAAUCGUCUGCAUUUUGAACAGAGUGAGAACUGAAAAAUCAUUUGAUAAUUUGGACUGGCAGUUUUUGUUGUGAUUGGGUCUUUUUUUUAGGGGAAAUAAAUUGUAUGCUUAAGGGGAUGAGUGUGUUACCAGUUGGCACAUUCUUCCAUUAACAUCAAAUGCCAAUUAAAUAGUGCAUCAUGACCAGAUUGGUUUGCAUUUAUUUAAACUAUUUUGUCCUUUUAUUGUAAUUGAUCAACCAACUAGUCUUGAUUGAUCAAGCUCCAUGUGUGACAUGACUGAGUUUUGAUUGUGAAGUGUAAAGGUAGUAUGAUUGGUUCCACUUUGGUUGUAGAAACGGUCAGAUAGUCACAUGAGAGAGAGUGAAUUGAAUUUUAAUCAUGUAAUCUCUACCUUUCACACUUAAAAAAUCACUUGGGUUUGU